AUGGGGAAAGAUUAUUAUUCGAUUUUGGGCAUUGAGAAGGGGGCUUCGGAGGAAGACAUCAAGAAGGCUUACAGAAAGCAAGCUCUUAAGUGGCACCCAGACAAAAACAAGUCAGCCCAUGCCGAGGAGAAGUUCAAGGAGAUCGCUGAAGCCUACGAGGUGCUAAGUGACCCCAAGAAGCGAGAGAUCUACGACCAGUAUGGGGAGGAAGGGCUUAAAGGAGGACCCAAUGCACAAAAUGGACAUGGAGGAAACUUUCACUACACGUUCCAUGGAGAUCCUCAUGCCACGUUUGCUGCGUUUUUUGGGGGAGCAAAUCCUUUUGAAAUCUUUUUCGGGAGGCGAAUGGGCGGGGGCCGGGAUGAUGAGGACAUGGAACUGGACGGCGAUCCAUUUAGCUCAUUCUCCAGCUUUGGCAUGAAUGGUUUUCCAAGAGAGAAGAACCAGGUUGGAAACCAGAUAAGGCGUAAGCAGGACCCACCGAUCAUUCAUGAGCUUAGGGUGUCUCUGGAAGAGAUUUAUCACGGAUGCACUAAAAGGAUGAGAAUCUCCAGGAAGAGACUGAACCCCGACGGAAGAAGUGUGAGGACUGAGGACAAGAUCCUUACUAUUGAGAUUAAAAAGGGGUGGAAGGAAGGCACCAAAAUCACAUUCCCCAAGGAGGGAGAUGAGAUGCCAAUGACCAUUCCUGCCGACGUAGUCUUUGUUAUUAAAGACAAACCCCACACCCAUUUUAAGAGGGAUGGUUCCAACAUUAUCUGCCCUUUACAGAUCAACCUGCGAGAGGCUCUCUGUGGAUGCUCAAUCACUGUGCCCACUCUAGAUGGACGAAAUAUCCCCAUGAACAUCAACGAAGUCAUAAAGCCUGGGAUGAGAAGAAGGAUUAUUGGCUAUGGACUCCCUUUUCCAAAAAAUCCCGAUCAAUGUGGAGAUCUACUGGUUGAGUUUGAAGUGAUAUUCCCAGACACCAUUCCACAGGCAUCGAAGGAGGUUCUAAAAAGACAUCUGCCUGUUUCCUAG